UAAUGACGAAAGUUGUCAAUUACAAAGUAAAUGGUUCUGGAAGAGAUACAUAUAUCAAUUAUGGAAAUGGUGGAUUCUAUAAAUCAGACUCAUUACAUACAGAAGAGUCCUUUUACUAAUUGUCUAAGCAAAACUCAUUGCCAAUAAUUAAUAGCAAAUUUAAGCUUUAUCAUACAGAUGGGACAGGUCGAGAUUCAUACAUUAGGUAUUGGAAAUGUUUAGAAAAAAAAGCGAGUCUUAGGGGGGUUUCUAUAGCUAUCAGCCAAAGUUAAAUUUUUUAGGGAGAUUAAGGCAUUAUGACCCAUCUCCUGAGGCAAUUAGAGAGAAUGAUUUUUUAAGAAGAAGCUAGUUGGUGAAACCAGCAAAGGAGCAAGAGCGUUAGCUCAAGUAGCAGUGUUAGAGUAUUUUAGAUAGAGCGCAGUAGUGGAACAAGUAACACAGAGACUACAAUUACCGAAAAUCAAAAAGGAAUGAU